GAAGAAGUCAUCAGGGAGGGGGCUCAAAAUACUUCUCCAAAAUCUGACAGCAUUUUUUCAUCACUUUUGGUUUAUUGCAGCUCCGAAAGAGAGGGGCACGUUAUCGUACAGUUACAGUCGUGUUUGGGGAAGCUGUCAAGAUGGCGUAUCCGCAGUUUGGAAACAACCACAACUUGUACGGGACUGUCAAUCCCGGCUAUGUCCCCACCGCGGAGGGGACAUCUGCAAUGUUUGCCCCACCCGCUGCCGAGUCCCAUGGCCCCAGUGCUCCUCCAGCAAGCAUGUUUGACAACAUGCCUGGCUAUGAAGGAACAUUGGCAGGAGGAGGAGGUGGAUUUCUGCCGCCUCCAAUGCCUGCUCACCCCGUUCCCCAGCCUGAACCUGCACCUGAACAACCACACUGGAAUAUCCCAUCCAUUACUGAGGAAACCGCCCAGGAGGCCUUAAAGCUGUACGCCUCCAGUAAAUGCUGCUACAGCUCUGCCCCAGCAAAGGAUGGUGUGAUCACGAACAUGGAGGCUUUCAAUACGUACAGGUACCGCCUGGAAACCUUUACUGAGUCGAGAUCUACAGAAUGGAGUCAUGAGCCAUACACUGGUCAGCCAGUGGACGCGUACGCACAGCCACCUCCAGGCCCAUGGGAUAUUCCAGCCAAGGCUGUGAAUUUCUUUUUGAACGACAAGCAGACGAUAAAAGUUCCCUACACAUCGUCUGUGAAGAGCUGCCACGGUUGUGUGGGAAUGGGACGAAAACCUUGCAAAGACUGUGCCGGCGCUGGGAACAAAGUUUGUUGGGUGUGUAAUGGAUCUGGGUACCGUCACGGAGAUGAUCGAUGCCACCACUGCAGUGGCAGAGGGAGGGAAAACUGCACCCGCUGCCAUGGACAAGGAGCAAUGCAGUGUGACAUAUGCCGUGGAAAACAGCAGCUACUGGUGUACAUCAACCUGACUGUGAAAUGGACAAACAAUUCCAACGACUACGUUGUGGAACAGCUGAGUGGACUGAAUUCGGACAAUCUCAGCCAGGUGUCUGGCAAGGAGCUUUUCAGAGACACUCAGUACUUGGUGUACCCAGUGAUGGGCUUUCCAGACCCUGCUGUUGUGCAGGCUGCACAGCGCUUCAUCAGUGAACACCAGGGCAAGUUCUCCCAGACAUCCCGCAUUCUGCAACAGCGCCAAACGAUCGAGCUGAUCCCCGUCACCAGGGUCACUUACCUGUGGAAAGGGAAGUCGCACGUGUACUUUGUUUACGGGAAUGAGUUCAAAGUGAACGCUGACAACUACCCCGCCACUUGCUGCUGUACUCUCAUGUAAAUACAAUGCCAAUGUCAAGCCAUUUAAAAAUGCUUAUUCGCGCAGUAUGAAUCAUAAUCACACUAUGUCCACUGAAACUACGUUUUUGAUACUGAUUAUUUUUGCACGUGUAUUAACCAUGAUGUAUUAAUCCACGUUCUUCUACCAGUUGUUGCUUUUAAGCAACACCUCUAAAAGGGAUCGGACUUUUGCACACCCCUUGUUAAUGUGCGUGUUUUUUUUUCAUGACAAUUGUUCAUAAAAUGAAUAAAAGUUAUUUCGCAAUGUU